GCCGUGCCUCGGGGUUGGGAACGAAACCGGAGCUGGCAAACGGCUUGUGCUCGCGAGUCGGGCAUCAGCGAGCAAAGCCGAGCAGGUGUUGUUGCACGUAGGGAGUCUUAUCUUUCGCACAUGGAGCACCCUUCCUGAACUGGGUUAUUAGAGGCCGCUGUUAAAAACAGAAUGAACAUUAAGUGGGCAGAGUCUAGUUACUUGGAUAUUUCAAGAGAUGAUUAUAAUCGAUGUGGAAAGCGGGGGUAGGGAAAUGCAAGAGUGUCUUUUAACAUCAUCGAGUGUCGGUGAUUUUUGAAGUCCGAGUGGUUAAGAUUUCACUGCGCCGGUCUGUCGUGCAAUGGUUAGGGUGACUGUCCAAUGUUGUAGAUGAGUUCGUGAGGAUCGCUUAUGCAGCUACGGGUUUGAGGAUGUUACCUAAGGCUUGGCUACUACCCAUGGCCAACCUGUUAGUGACAGUGUUGUUAUCUGCCGUCGUGAUAUCGCGGGUGAUGACAUCUGGGCCACCUGCGGGCCUCAGCCAGCUCGGCGGUGAGGCAGGGGGUAAGGAGCUAGUGAGUUUGUGCGGUCUCUUCUCCAUCCACUACCGCAUCGCGGUGGACGACGCCAGCCUGACCAAGGGACCAAUUCGUGAGCGGUGCUCCAGCUAUCACAUCUUGUCCUACCUACGGGCCAGGGCCAUGAUGUUCGCUGUAGAAGAGAUCAACAACCGCUCUGUUCUCCUUCGCAAUAUCUCUCUGACUUACGAGAUUCGUGACAUAUGUAAUCGGAAGAGCAUCGGCCUGAAAGCCUGCAUGAACUGCCUCCGCCUGGUCAACACUAAUGGGUCCCAGACCUACACCCCUGUUGACCUCCCUCACACGGACAAUCCCUCCCUUGUCUUUAUCGGACCCGACACCUCCGAGUCGGCCAUCACCAUGGCGGAUUUCCUGCAGAUCUUCGGGGUGCCCCUGAUCAGCUACUCGGCCACCAGCACCCUGCUCAGCAACCGGGAGAAGUACCGGACCUUUUUCAGGACUAUCCCGGACGACGGAUACCAAACCGUGGUCAUAGCCGACAUCAUCAAGCACUACAGCUGGAACUGGGUUGGAAUCUUGGCGGUGGACAACAGCUACGGCCGGUCGGCCAUGAGCGACUUCUUGUUCCACGCGUCCAAGCGGGGCAUCUGCGUGGCCUUCCAGCUUGUGGUUGGGGAAACGAUGGGAUAUGGGGACAUGCAGAGGUUUUCACGGGAGUUGGAGAGUUUCCCAGAACUGGAAGUGAUCGUUGCUUUCACUUUCACCAAAACAUUAAUGCCAUUUCUGGAAAGGACGGAGAAGAACUCGACACCGAUUAACGCCUUAACAUGGAUCAGUACGGAUGCAUGGACGGAUAUUGCGACCCGAGAUUUCCGCAUCAUGAACAACGUGUUGAUGGUAACCGUGGAAAGUAUGGAGGUGCCUGGAUUCAAGACCUAUCUGAGAGGUCUUAACCCCUUCUUGCAGGAGUUUGAAGAUGAUCCCUGGCUACGAGAGAUCUGGGAAGGGGAGUUCGGCUGCGAUGUUGGUUCACCGGCAGACGGGGCAUCCUCUCCUUGCGCCCACCAUACGCUCCUGGAGAACGAAAAGAUAGCCAACGCUGCCGCAUCCCCCACAAUUUACCGUGUCUACCUGGCCGUGUACGCCGUUGCCCAGGCAUUAGCGGGUAUCGAGCAGUGUGAGGAGCCUCUGGGCUUGCUAGCCAAUGGGGGAUGCCCGCCUGUGGGCCGUAUCGAGCCGUGGCAGCUUAUGAAAUACCUAAUGGCGGUGAACUUCACCAUGGGCAGCAACGGCCGGCACGUGUCUUUCGGCAAGGACGGAGGGAUCAUGGAUACAUUCAAGGUCAUUCAGUGGCAGAGGUGUGAGGAGGACAUCGACCCUGACUGCCAGGUUGUCGACUUUGUCGAGAUUGGAGUCCAUAAGGACGGUGUACUGUACAUCAAUGAAUCGCGGAGUCGUUGGUAUGAAGACGAUACUAACGUUGACUUGCCUCCUACCGGUGUUUGCCAGUCACCAUGCCCGCCGGGUACCAGGAAGGUCAGUCGUGACGGCUUGCCUGCGUGCUGCUUCCAGUGCGCUCGGUGUCCCGAAGGUUCCUUCACAAAUACAACAGGGCAACUUGUGUGCAUGCAGUGUCCUCAGGGAACAUGGUCCAAUGGGAAUCGUUCAACGUGUCAUCCUAAGACUCUAGACCUACUUCACUGGGACGAAGCUAUGAGCGUGGUCGUUAUGUGCUUCUGCGGCCUUGGCGUGGUCAGCACACUGCUGAUGCUCAUCACGCUCACGCUGUACAACAACACAGCCAUCGUGAGGGCGUCCAACCGCGAGAUCAGCUACUGCCUCUUGAUCCUGCUGAUUGUGUCCUUCCUCGAGCCGUUCCUCUACAUCGGGAUGCCAUUCACCUGGUCCUGCAACUUCCGGAUCGCCCUACACAGCCUCAGCAACACGGGCGUGCUGGCCAUCUUUGUGGUGAAAACGCGCCGGAUACUGGAUGUGUUCGACACCACGUGGCGGGGAUUCUCUCUGCGUUCGCGGCUCCGGCGCACCGGUCUGCAGGUGAUGAUUACCGUUUUUCUUAUCCUGUUGCAGGCGCUAGUUGUUACAGUGUAUCUCAUCAUCAAGCCGUCGAAGGUGCUUCUAGACCAGGAUAUAUCAAACUCGAGGGUUUACGUGCAGUGCGACAGCAACAUUCUUGGCUUCAUCGCCAUGUACACCUACAACACCAUCCUGGCCUCCAUCUGUUUCGUGUUCUCGUUCCGAGCCCGCAAGAUCCCGGAAAAUUUCCACGAGACGCGGUACAUCACGGUAACCAUGAUGUUCUACGUCGUGAUCUGGGUGGUGUCCCUGCCCAUCUACUUCUCGACAAACGGCAAGCUCCAGGCCCUCAUGCAGAUCAUAUCGGUGGUGUUGACAAACUACCUGAUCCUGGGCUUCAUGUUUCUACCCAAGUGCUAUAUCAUAUUCAUCACGCCUGAGCGGAACACCACCCAGUCCAUUCGCGAACAGGCCUGCGGUUUCCGCAUGGGCGAAAUCAACAACACACUGGUGGUACAGAUGGACGGUGAGGCAAGACGACCGUCAUCUCGCUUGUCAGCGUCUGACCAUGAUGGCCACGGGAACCACUCAUAGCCACAACUUUUCAGUAACAUGGCAACGUUUUAAAUACGACAUAAGCCCUUGGAGACGAUUAAUGGAAGAUAAAGUCCAACGAUGUUAUUUGCAAGUCUUGCGCUUAAAACAAUAGAAGGGGCUGAUUGACAUUUCAGUGCACUACUAACAAGCUGAAAUUUUGAAAGAGAUCAGGAAUCGUCUAAAGGCGCGCUUCCAUAUGUAGGCCUACGUUUUGGGGGUGCGUUGCGUACAUGAUGUGUUCAUGCGUUUCACUUUCACGGACACAAAACACAACUCCGUUAACAAAACACAGUUGUGCAUUCCGUUCGGCUGUCAAAAACGCCCCGGGAGCGAUUUUGACGUAUACCCAACGCCUAGUGCAAGUGUUGAGUCGCAUAUGAAAAGGAGCCUGUUUGCUGCCACCAAGAGUUCCAAGUGUUGCAUUUCACUUUCACGAUUAUCACACUUUGUGCAUGUGUGAUUUUAGAUAAAGUUAAGUUUCAUUAUCUUCGGAAUCAUGCAUUGGAUCACCGAACUAUCAGUAGGCACUAAAUGCAACCUCCAUCGGAAACAAGCACUUGAAAGCGAAAAUAUACAAACUGAACCUGAUGUUCAGUGUUAGUUUCGUUACCCAGUGCCACCAUGAAAAACGAUCUGGCAUUCAUAAAAUAGGCACUGCUAGGCCUGUGCUAUUAGUAAUUUCCUCACUUCGUAAAAGUAAUAGGAUUCUACACGCUUGUCAAAUUUACAGGAUAGAUUCUUUCUUAAAUACUCAGAAUUGUUUAAAAUCCAUUAACCCCAACGAUUAAAAGAAAAUACUCAAUGUUCACUUUAAUCCCUUUUCAAAGACUAAAAAUGCCACUGCCAAAACAGCAUAAACUCGAAUAAAACCGAAACAGGUUCGCAAUAAGGGAUUCUGACGUGGAUCUCAACUGCAUGCUAGGUCCGCUUGCCAAAAGUGGUUCUUGCGGUGAAAUUGUCAAAUUCCUGUUGGGCAAUGGACCUUCUCAUUAAUACUUCACAAUUAUGCACGCAUGAGCAUAAAUGUGCAUGGCAGCAAAAAAAGAUGAACAGUAUCACAAGUUUGAUAUUAUAAUCAAAACGGAGAAGAGGAGAUUGCGUAAAAGGGGAAAUGAAUGGAAAAAUUCACAGCAAACGUUAAAAACACGUAUUACACGUUGAAAUUAUAAACACCAAAUACACGAGGUAAAUCGUUUUUUCGCUGUUGGUGCAUCAAAUAGGGAUAGCUUACAGGAAGAAAAUUUCCUUUCGAGGAUUUUUCUGUUCGAAGCCAAGCUAGAAAUACGGCAACUGCUGAAGACAACUCCUGAGACGACAGUACAUGUAUUUAUAUUUACAAUGAAGAGGGCGGGAGCUGGUCUAGCUUGGUUUGGGUAAUCCCCUUUGAAGGCCAGGUAAAGAAAAGUUAACCGUCCCAACAUGCAUCCUUUUGGGGAGUUAUUUUUCAUUCCCUUACAAAAUCUAUGUUUUCAAUCUUCAUUAGUUUCGUCGGUGUGAAAAUGUAAAUUUCACGCAUACUGGGCUUAAAAACAACACUUAGAUUGGAAGGAUGCAUUAUAUGAUACCAUCAGUCAUUUUGGACCGAAAAGCAGUCGGUCAUUUAGUAUGUCAAAGCUACCCCCCGGUUAUGUUUGGAAAGGAAGGGCCGCCUCUUUUGAACUUUUUUUUCAACUUUUCUAGAACUCGACUUUGUCCCUUGGAAUGCCGAGUGAAGUCUUCUGAGUAAACAAGAAGCCUCGCAUUUUACCAUAGAGCUCUACCCUGUGUGUGUAUCUAGUGGCGCACGUGUCGCGCCAUGUGCGCACGACUGAUUUCAAAAUGUACAGGCGUCAACUCAGUCUAUGUGUGGUAUUGUGCAAGGCGUCAUUGACGAUCGAACGCCAGCAGUAAGCCUGCAUCUUCAUCAUCUUUGCCGAGGGCCAGAGCUAGGUACUUAUUUAAAUGGGAAGGAUAGUCCGUAAAGUCCGUAGUCAUUGUAAAAUCAGCUAUCAGUGUUGUUCACCUAUUAAAAUGAAUGUCCGUCAACUAUAUAUAUUGAUAGCAUUGCCUGCAGUUCAAAUUAAUCUCGAAAUGCUCUCAGAUUUGUUAGUUAUGUAUUCUCAUUGUUCUAAGCUGCAAAACCUUCGCUUAGCCUUGUCUAAUUUUGAUCGAAGUAAAUACUAUUUAAAAAUGUCACUUACUGUUCAAACUUUCGGUGUUAUUCUAUUUUUAUUAAGGUCUUGUAAAUGUAUAAAGAGAUUCAAGCAUGGAUAUGUAACAGUUUUGCGUUAAUCUCAGGUUGAUCAUGCGAGACAGCAAUCAACCUCACUUCAUUUCUGAUUUAAACUAAACUUGUGUUUUUGCUUAUAAGUGUGCCUGCCUACCGGCAGAAAAAAAUUUGAAGUAUUUAUGUCAAAUUACCAAUUAAGGUUUGGUAAUGGUAUUUGCAGCUAUGGCACAUCAGCCUUCUCUCUACAGAAGAUUCCGUUUCAUAUCAGCUCUCAAAGCCGGUGUUUAUUUGCAAAGCCACUAAAAGUACCAGAAGUGCCCCCACCGGUAAUAAAUACAAGGGUCCAAUGGCAGGGUGAUUCCAAGAAAAAUUACCCCCACCUCUUUCACACUCUUGGUGCCAUUAUCUUAACAUCCCAGGAUAAAAUUCCAGGGGUUUUGUGGUCUGAAUAGGAGUGGACUCCCGUGGGUGACACCUGAUGGAUGUCAAAGCACUUCUCCCUGCAGGUAAACACGUCCGGUGUGCUGAUUAAAAAACGGACGACAAGGGAACAAAUCCAGAGAUGGGAACGGCCAUUUCAUCUGUGAUGACAAACUAAGUAAUUAGGAAUAUUGCCCGUAUAGGCUGGCCGAAGAAGUGAUGAAGAUUUUUCAUUAUGAAAGUAUAAUUUCCCUCGAGUAAGCUUGCAACGGCGCAGACUGGGCGGGGAUAACGUUUACACUGGCCUGGCGCUCAGCCCUGCGUAACAGCAAGCAGUGUGUGACACACUACCCUGGAUAACACAAUUCUAUCGAAGUUGAUUGAGCUGCCAUAUUCCAAAAUCUAAUUUACUUAUCACUUCGGUAAUGAUUCCCUAGAGCUGGCUAGGGGUGUCUUUCAUCGGGGAGUGGGACUUGCUAAGUCAUUUUCUCCUCAGAUUACUGCAAUAAUGAUGAUGUUUUUUCAUUGAUUGCAGCCAGGUGAGCGAGGUGUCAUACGUUCCAACAGAGCACACUGCGUAUCACACUGUGAAUAGGCACGAUUUGAUUUUCAUUUGGGAAAGUGGGAAAGACACGGGCAUACCAGGAUGUGCAAUUAAGCAGUAGAUGCCAAGAAUCACGCACCGUUUCACUCCAAUUCACAUCCGUUCCCUAAAUUCCCGUGCUGUAGUAAACUGUUAAAGGUUGACAGAAAUAGAAAUUAUUUAGUUCACGUAAAGUAUUUCAAAUAACAGUAAAUACGUAACAAUAUCCAAAACAUUAAAAAUUCAAUGUUUACCCCAUUAAUCAUGACCCCCAAAUGAAUAAAAAGAUCC